CGAACAUGGAACGGGCCAGGAACUCCUGUAGGUACAGGAAUGACGGGUACCGGCAGCAGCGGGCGCUCAGCGCUGUGCGAGCAGAGCCACAGCUCAGCCCCACCUCCAGGUGACUCUCCAGAUCCAUGGAUAAAACCUUGUUCAGAGCUCUCGUUUCCUGUGAAGAUCUACUUCUGUGUCACUAUUUUGUCUCUGCUAAGUGUCAUAGGGCUAACCAUAGAGACACUCGUUCGACAAACUGAGGAAGAUUUCACCAUUUCUCUUAUUCAGUUAGUUGGAGUUGUGUUCUGUGUGUACUAUGUGACUAGAGGAAUCCUGCAGGAGAAUCGCCAGGAGCUCAUCGUCUUUGUUCUUUCCAUCUUGCUAGUGAUGUUUCGUUCCAUUGUCAACUUCACAGUUCUCUCUGCUGAGCAAAAGCCAAAACUCCUGGCCCGCUUCAUUCUGAUCCUCUUGGUUGGCUCCUUUGAUGUGAUCUGUGCCAUCAUCCUCAUUCAGAGUCAAAGCAUGAUGGCCUUUCGAGUGGGUGGUGCUCUAGAAAGUCUGCAGUCACAGUACUUCAUGCUGAACCUCUGUUUCUCCAUGUUGACCUUCGAUCUUCAGGCACAGCUCUGCUUGUGUAUUCUGCUGAUAAGCCUGCAUGAGAUCACCCUUCUGCAUAACAUCAUCUCAGCAACAGGGGUUCUUUGGGCCUGCCUGAAGGUGACCAUUAGCAUCAUCGCAAUUUUAAAAGAACUAAAACCUCUAGUGUGGAUUUUUCUGAGUCAGAAUGUACCUGAAGUAGUUUAUCUCAUCUACCUGCUCUACACGGUGAUAAGAGAGUGGGGCAAAGGGAAUUCUUACACCCUGGAAGCUGCUUUCAUUAUCGGCUCUUGCAUUUCUGUUGCAAUAAAAUCUGUUUUGUUUUGGGCACUAAUUCAUGUCUACCGCAGCUUUGGGCAGGGCCUGAGAGAAAGAAUGUUUUCUUCCUAUGGAAGGAUCGACUCCUGAGCAUCCCCCUUGAGUUCUAUCGGCAGCUCUUACAGAGUGAAAUCAUAGUUGGGGAAGUUCUGAUCAAGUACUUGCAUUCAAGAUGUAAGAUAAUGGGAUCACUUUCACAGAGGCAGAGGAAGUUGCUCAGAAAAAUGUCUAUACAUUUCUUGGAACUACAGCAGUGCAGCUGGUAACUUAGUUGAAAAAGCAAAGUGCACUCGGGAAAUUAACAGUAAUCCUCUCAAUUCAGUGAGUUUUGCUGACAGGACAAUACAUCUUUCACUC